AUGGGAACGGUAUGUAAAGAUAAUAGUGAGAAUCAAGUCACUGAAGCCGUUGAACUGAGAACUGGAUACCGCAUCCUGGACUAUAAAGUUGUCCGAUUCAUUGCGAGAGGAGCAUUCGGAGCAGUUUAUCAGGUCGAUCAUAUAAACACUCUUCCGUUCGCUCUGAAACUAGAGAGUAACAAUGCGGAGACAAGAAAUCUGAAAAUGGAAGCUGUUGUUUUGAGAUUCAUUCACCGUGACAUCAAACCAGCCAACUUCUGUAUGAGUCUAGAGAAUCCACGUCAACUCGUUAUGGUUGAUUUCGGAAUGUGUCGGAAAUACGUGAAUGACGGAGGAGAAUUGAGACAUCCUAGAUGGUAUGUGACUGGAUUGAAAGGAACUGUUCGGUAUGCUCCGCUUGCUGCUCACCAUGGAAGAGACUCGGCACGGAAGGACGAUUUGGAAUCUCUCUUUUAUGUUUUGGUUGAACUGUUAGUUGGAACUCUUCCUUGGAUGACAAUGGAUGAUCCAGUACACGUGGAACAUUCAAAACAAGUGGCAAGAACAGUUGGUCUUCGUGAUUUUCUGUCUGGAUGCUCCAAACAACUCGUUCAUAUUCUUUUGUACAUUGACAAUCUUCGUUUCUACGAUGCACCGGAUUAUGCUAUGAUUCGAGGACUUCUCCAUUCUGCACUUGAGAGCUAUCCACAUGACACAGCUUUCGAAUGGGAAGAAGAAAUGAGAAGUGAGAGAAGAAAAUCAGAGUAUUUGAGAUCAAAAGAGGAAGUUGAAUUGGAAGAUGGAUGA